AUGCCCCGUACUGUCAAAGCUGCCGUCGUCAACGAUUUCAAAAGCCCUCCGAGCUAUCAAGAUAUCGAGAUCGCUGACCCCUCAGAAAGUCAAGUUCAGAUUAAGGUGCUGGCAACAGGCUUGCAUCAGCUUGUAAAGAGUCGCGCAAGCGGUGCUCACUAUUCUGCAAACAUCACAUUGCCUCUUAUCCCUGGUGUCGAUGGUGUUGGCGAGCUUCCAGAUGGCGAGCUGAAAUAUUUCAUGACGUUCAAUCCCACCAGUACCGGUUCCUUCGCGGAAUACGCCAAUGUGGCUAAGGAUGACCUGUUGCCUGUUCCAAGAGGUGCCGAUCCAGCGGUGGUCGGUGGCUUACUCAACCCUGCCAUGUCGUCUUGGCUCGCUCUCCGCAACCGUGUUGAAUUGAAGAAGGGUUUCACUGUACUUAUCUUGGGUGUCACAGGUGCUUCUGGCCAACUUGCUGUGCAAAUUGCGCGUUUGCUCGGAGCGUCUCGUAUUGUCGGCGCAGGACGCAACCAAAAGGCCUUAAACGACCUUCUCGCCAACGGACUAGACGCUGCUAUCACGCUUUCCGAUGAUCAAACAGAAAAUGAAAAGGCAUUUGCUCAGGAAGCGGCCAACAUUGAUGUUGUUUUGGAUUAUUUAUACGGUCCGGUGGCUGAAAUUGCCAUGCGCGCCAUCAUUAGCCAGCGCGAGGUCUCAUCUCAUCGACUUGACUGGGUUCAGAUUGGAAGCAUGGCUGGUCAAAGUAUCUCCCUUCCCGCCAAUGCUCUUCGUGCGGCAAACUUUUAUAUUUCCGGCAGUGGUCUUGGUUCCAUCAGUAUGGCUGAUUUCCGAACAGAGUUGACGGAAUUGAUAAAACACCUUGCGUCCGGCAAGUUGACUGGCUCUGUCGAUCCUCAAAGUUUGAAGGAUGUCGCUACGGCAUGGACUGCUAAAUCAGAUGGUCGCCAAGUAUUUGUACUUUAA